CACUGAUGAUCAGUGUGCCCUGAUGAUCAGUGUGGCCCCAGAAGUGCCACCUGUCAGUGUCCAUCAGUGCCAGCAGUCACUGCUCAUCAGUGCCACAUGCCAGUGCCACAUCAAUGCCACAUAUCAGUGCCCAUCUGAGCUGCCUUUCAAUGUCACCCAUCAGUGCCAUGUCCAUCAGUGCUGCCUAUCAGUGCCAUAUAUCAGUGUCAUGUAUCAGUGCUGCCGUUCAGUGCCCAUCAGUGAUGCCUGCUAAUGCCCAUCAGUGCCACCUACCAGUGCCCAUCAGUGCCCAUCAGUGCCACCUAUCAGUGUCCAUCAGUGCAGCCUAUCAGUGCCCAUCACUGCAGCCUCAUUAGCGCACAUCAGUGAAGGAGAAAAAUCACUUAUUUACAAAAUUGUAUAA